AUGCCUCCAACUCUAGCCCGGUUUUGCUCACUGCUAGCAACGCUGUUCAUGGCGACUGCUGUUCUUGCUGAGACCGGUGUCACCACCCGAUACUGGGACUGUUGCAAGCCGUCGUGUGCUUGGCCUGGCAAGGCACAGGUAUCGGAAACCGUGCGAACUUGUAACAAGAAUGACAACUGGCCAAACCCGCUCAACUCCAACGCGCAGUCGGCCUGCAAUGGUGGUGACGCGUAUACAUGCAGCAACAAUGGCCCAUGGGCUGUCAACAGUAACCUGGCGUAUGGCUUUGCAGCAGCCAAACUUGCUGGGAAAUCCGAGCAGAAUUGGUGCUGCGCCUGCUACAAACUUACCUUCACGUCAACCUCCAUUGCCGGGAAGCAGAUGAUUGUCCAGGUGACCAACACCGGCGGUGAAUUGGGAAACAACCACUUCGAUCUCGCUAUCCCUGGAGGCGGUGUGGGUAUGUUCCCACAGGGAUGUCAAUCGCAGUUCAAUGGCGCCUGGAUGGGUGACACAUAUGGCGGCUACCGGAGCAGGAACGAUUGUUACAAUCUUCCCGCGGGCCAAUUCCGCGACGGCUGCUUCUUCCGCUUUGACUGGUUCCAGAACGCUCAGAACCCAACCAUCGAGUUCCAAGAGGUGUCUUGCCCGCAAGCUAUGAUUGACAGGACACACUGCGGCCGCUGGAGUGCUAGGGGCUUAGUCGACCAGAGCCAAGACAGGCUCUCCGAACAGGUAGGAGAAGAGUUGUAG